AGUGGCCAACGGGCUCAUCGAGACGUCUGGACGCAACUGCUUUCAUCCCCCAUUUAUUAAUUUAUUUAUUUUUGUCACCGUGAGAAAUAAAGUGCCAGUGUGGAGCAGGGACAGCAGUAGCUGCGCGGCACUUGCGGCGGUGGAUCGCCGGAGACGGAGCUUUUUCUCUCUCUGCGCCGAUAAGUUAAGCGCGACAAGCCGCUGACCUGCGAGCAUCCUCCGAGGGAAACUGUGCAUUUGACUCGCUUAACGAGCGUCAGUUUUCAUCUCUUCGCCGCUCAUCAUUUGUUGCUGUCGUGGCUCCGUUGUCCAGCGGUCCGAAGGCUGUGCAAGCCCGCGCACUGACGGAUCCAGAAAGACCACGAGGAUCACAGGUGAUUUAUAACAAUACUGCUCUUCUUGAUGCUGUGUAUGUGUGCGUGUGUGUGUGUGUGUGUGUGUGUGUGUGUGAAUGUUUGUGUGGAGGGGGGUGCUUCUUUUUAUUUAUGCAUAUCAGUCUAAUUUACAUCAAUGUUUAGGUUUUACAACAGCUGACUUUAAUUGGGGGAGCACUGUCGUGUAGUUUAUGCCAAAAUUAGUGCGCAAGUAAAGAUCUGAAUGCUCAUGCAUGUCCUUAAAUUAAUCAGCAUCUAUCAGAAAGCAUUGAGCUUGAUAUAAAUGAGUUAGUUUGGGGAAAGUAAUUAGUGUUGUUGCACCUGUAGGGGCUACAUAUAUGUACUAGUGUGAGUGAAUUGUUUGGGUAUUUGGAUGUAAACAGGGCUAAGGCUGUUCUGGGGAGCAUCUGAGGGAUUUCAGUGGCUGCACAGAGUCAGCCUGCCCACACUCUACAGAAUGCUACAUCCUGUCAACACAGGGCUCCAACAGCAGAGGAGGCAGCCAAAAAACAUACUACACUGCACUUUUCAUUUCCAAAAAAAAAACAAAAAAAACAACUCAUCCUGUUUAGGGGAGUAGGUGGUCGGGUCUUGGAAAGAUACAUGUUCUGGGCACAGUGCUUUAUAGUUUCAUUGUCAUUGCCUGUUAAUUAUUAUAUUUUUUUAACCACAUUGAGAUGUGUUUGCAUUUUUGUUUGAAUGAUGCCUCGUCUCUGUGUGUUACUGAAGUGACGGUCAAAAAGGAGGCUUUCUACAAUCCUUCCUUAAGUUCUUCUCUGAGUAAUAUGAGCAGAUCCAGCUGAUUUACAGUCCUCUCCUCAGUCCAGUUCCCGCAGACAGGCUCUAGGCAAAUUCUCACCUUGUGCCACCACACCUAAUCUUAAUAUUAUGUCUCAAUAUGAUACGUCAGUUUAGCAUUAUUUGUUAAGACAAACUUAUCUUUGAUUUGGGUCACUCCUAAGAUUUACAGUCAGAGGAUAAAACUCAAUUAGGCAGCCCUGCAGCAAUCUUUACUCACUGGCAGAUGGCUUAAUACUCUUGGAUCCUGCCUUAGUGUCCCUUAUUGCUCUAAUUGGAUUUCAUCAUUUCACACUGUUUAUCCAUAUAAAAAUGAGUUUUUUAAAUGUGGCAUCAUUAAUUCAAUACAUUCUCAGCCCUGUCAGAUCCAAGCCCACUAGCCACUGCUGUCUAAACAUUUCACGUCUCAUCCCUGAUGAUCUGCUCCGUCAUAAAUUGAAGUAGACCUCUGCGUAAAUUGUUGCAUUCCCCAUGUGUUAUUGAUGGCAUGUUGGGAUGUUUGAAUAGUGUAUUCAGGGGGAUAUGCAAUGUGUAAUAAAUCAAACACACACACACAUACACACAGUGAUGAGGGCGUAUUGUCUGUCUGAGUUAAUUCUUGCCCUGAGGAGACGGCUUUCCUUUGAAUGACAUCCAGUUGGAUUCCACAAAGGGACAUGGCAGGAGUUUUAUUCUCUAAGACAAUGUGAAUGUGAUGUGAGUUUUGGAGGCUCACUGUCAGACCUACAUUCAGCCCAGAACAACGGUAGCCUCAAACAAAAAUCAAAACAAGAAGGAUGUUGUAUCCCCGCUGCAUCUUCAGUCACCAUGUGGCUCGGAGCGGUCUGAUCAAAUUUGAGAAUAUUCUUCAAAAUACUGCUCUGAAAAACAAAUGCUAAUAACACAUAAACAAAAAUAUCUUGUGUGUAAAAUAUUCCUGGAGAUGAAAGCACUGCCUCGGUACAUUUGGCUCUGUUUAGAGCAUUAUUGUGUGAGUGUAACAGCUAUCAACCCCCCUGGAAGAAUCUGUCAUGAGCGACAGAGUAAAACACGAGGCAGGACAGCCUGAACAUGACUUCACUGCUGCACUUGAUCUUAUUGAAUUAUUGCUAAUCUAGUCUAUAUGAAGAACAGUGUCUUAUGAGUCCAUCUAGAGCUGAAAUCUCACUCCGAGUCCAGGUUGUUGUGUCAAGCCUUAUAGGUGGGUUUUGCUCUGCUGGGUAAUGAAAACGACAAUAAUUCAUGAGUCAUAAAUCAAUGUGAUGGUGAGCAUCAUUGAACCGUGAACUAACAGCCAGGUUGGAUUCCUGCUUGAUUAAUCAUUCGUCUGCACCUCAGUGGUCAAACCGGCAGUGUUCAAUAGCCUUGGAUGUAAACAGAACUUUGGCCUUUGACAGAGGGGCUCAUAUUUUCAUUGAUGCUAAUGAGUGAUCGCGCCGGGGCUGAGCUUGAAAACCUGAUUAUUCACUGUAGUGCAGGACACCACUUAAACCUUAAAAUGUCAAUAAAAAGAGGAGGAAAGAUCACCAGUCCUUUACGGUAUCAGCACAGUGAGGUUUACUGCAACAAACUGUUAUUAUACAUUGAAUCAUGAAUAAAAGGUAUAUUUGGUCUUUUUUCAGCCACACAGACAGGAGGUUACAGCUGCGAGAUCUGUGAAAUGCAAUCUAUCUAUCUAUCUAUCUAUCUAUCUAUCUAUCUAUCUAUCUAUCUAUCUAUCUGUAAAUAAUAUAUCUAUAAAUCUUUUUUAUCUAUAUUUGUAUAUCCAUGUAAAGAUCUAUAUCAAUAGAGAUAUAUCUGUUUAAUUCAAUUCAGGAAGCUUUAUUGGCAUGACUGAUUGUAAAAUAACAAUGUUGCCAGAGCAUUUACAGACAUUAAAUCAGUUCAACAAAUAUAUAAAAAACUACUGAACAUGGAGGUAAAAAAAAGUUCUUAUAUCAUAAAAGCAGUACUUGUAUUUUUACAACCAUUAAAAUCUUUCCAUAGAUUAAUGUUUUCAUAGAUAUAUGGAUGUAUUAACUAUAUAUGUAGUGUUAUUUGAUGACUUUAAAACCAUUAAAAUAAAAUUAAAACUGUAUUUUUUAUUUUUUGCUCAAAUUUUUUUAGAUUGUAUUUACCUUUUCUGUUUUGAUCAAGAGGCUGUUUUUGUUUUUAAAGGUGCAGUGUGUAAAAGAGUUGGACUAAUGAAUUGGUUUGCUGAAUCGGGUCAAUAAUUUGUGUUUUUUCAUUCAAUUGGUGUCAUGUUGGCAUCAGCACUUUCAAAGCUGAUAUUUCAAUAAUCUUUGGCUGACUGAUAACAUUUUUCUUCUCAUCCCCAAUGACAAAUCUGAAGCAGUGACUUGUCAGUGUUUUAAUAUAAGGUAUGCUAUCACCGUUAAAUCAACCCACACUACGUAUCAGAAAAAUCUGCUAUGUGAUAUCUUUGUCCUUUCCACUGAUUCAUUUAAAAUUCAUCUUUGGAUGGAAUAAUGAAUCUGUGAAUGACUUUCUUUGAGUCUUGUCAAAAACUCAAUAUUUUCCUUAUAUAAUUUUUCUGUCCAUAUUCAGAUAGCUGGACAAAAAUUCAAAAGUCCCUUUUGGUGGACUGAGACAAAUAUUUUUCCAUCUACAUUUAUUUGACAAAAUAUUCACUCAAGUUUAGUCUCAGAACUUAAACGGUUUAUUUUGGUAUUUUUCAGUCAGCUGUCCUGUUGAGCUCCAGUGUGUAACAGUGAGCAGCAUUUAGCAGAUUGUACUUGCUUUGUGGAAAUCAGUAUUUGAUAUUCUUUAGUAUGUUUAGUUAGACUUGUAGUCACCUGAAUAUAAAAGUGGUUUUGUUUUUGUUUACUUGACAUGAGCCUUUUAUAUCUACAUUAGAGAAGGUUCCUCCUGAAGAGGCCGCUACCUUGUGUCUCCAUGUUUUCACUGAAGCCCAGAGGAGUUGGGGGGCUGUUUUAACCCGCAAAAUAAUUUUUGCUGAUAGACAUUUUUAAUGUUAAAAUUGAGGAAAACACUUAUGCAUCAGAGUGGUGUUUUAUCCUUGAAGGCUGCUGGAGCAUUUUACUCCAGAAUCUGAGCGCCAGAUAUCAGUAAAUAUCUCUAUCUUUACACACACUGUACCCUUAAUGUCACUUGGUUAUUGCUUGGACCACUUCAGCUCUUGGCACCACACUGAGACCUGUCAGCAGCAGAACAGAUGUGGAAACAAGGAAACCGCAUGGCCUCUUAGCUCUGUGCAGUUAAAAAGAUAAAUGUUGCUCAAGAAAGAAAACAGCUCAUUUUCUCGUGUUAAUAAGAAUUUGUUUUCCCGAGAUAAUUAUUUGGGUUUUUUUUUUCCACUUAGAGCUGAUUUCUUUGCCCUGAAGUGUUUUCAAAGGUUGUUGGCUCAUAUAAAUCCUAGUAAAGCACUGAUUAAGUGCUGCUACCAGGUGUUAUUUUUUACUUUAGUGAGUAGGCUUUACUGAGGAUGGGCCAUUUCAGUUCAGAUGAGUGAGGAGUUCAGGUGUUACUGAGGGAACACUUGGAUGGGAGCAGUGUUGGUUCAAAUCAAUAUCUACAGCAUCAGGUUCAGAUCCUAAACUGACUACAGAGAACAGCAGUUGCAGGAAACAACAAAUAAAGCCAUGUCAACAAAAUCAUGUUCAGAAUUUACCUCUAUAAUAUCCUGUAGUCGAAGCAUCUACCUUAUACUGCAGAAAUAUAAAGAAACUCAGUCUUCUGUAGUCUUUGUCAGAUUGUAGUCAGUUUUAUCCGUCUCGCUUGAAUAUUUUUGCAAGCAGCCUAUUCAAGUUAGAGCAGUGGAGCACAACAAAAAAACAGCAAAAACACAACAAACCAAAAAACCAGAGAGAAUAACAUUGUUCUCUGUUUUGCUGCAGGGGGGGAAGAUAAAUCAAUGACCUUUCACUUAAUGGCUCGUACGCAAAAGUAUAAAUGUAAGACUGUUUUCAAAUGCUUGGAUAAGGGGAGUGCAGAGAGGAAGUGUCCACUAAUGCACCAGAGAAUCUUAUUUAUGGUAGUUGCUGGUGCAAAAAAACAGAAAUUUGUGUUUCCAUCUUGCAAAUAUAAUUGACAUGACAUUAAGCACUUGGUACAAAAAAUUAGUCCUGUUGCAUUUCAGGAUCACAAAUGUAAGCAAUCAAUUUUUUCAAACAAUUGUGUGCACAGAGAGAUGGCUGGAAACACGUAGUUUAUGGAAAGAACAAAAGAAUAUGACAGGAAAUGGCUGCUCGAAUACUAUCCGAUCUUCCUACCAUUAAAUGACCAAGAAAUAAUCAAAAGUGUGUCUUAGUGCUUUGUGUUUCUCUGUGGGAUUGUGCUCUGAGUCCAUGAAUUUCUGCCUAAGAUAUUGCAGCUUGUUUAUCACAGAUAAAAUAAUUUCUGUUUACGAGAAGGCUCAGUGUUUUCUUCAAACUGUGUCUAAAAUGUAAAGAACAACAUCAGAAAUAUGUAACCACACAGUUGUUGCUCUGGUGCGCUUUACCCAUGCAGAAAAAAAGAGCGGUGUGUAACUCGAUGUAGCAGAGCUCAGCAAAUUAGUCAGCAAGGCCUUCAGUCUGAUUUGUGUUUGGUGGAGGAAUAGGGGAAGGACCGGGUCUAUUUUUGGGCUUAUUGUCAUGCAGAAAGUUGCUAUAUAGUCAGUAGGUGCUGUCCAGGUUAUUUCAAGUUGUCCACAAACGUGCUUUCUGUGGUCUAAUAUCACUCUGCAGUGUUUGGUACUUUAAAAGCCACAGGGCUCAGUAUUAUCACUGAUUCUGAUUCACGAGGUCCUGACUCAGUUUGUUCUUCUAUUUGACCUGUUUCAAUUUUCAAAAUGUCUGAUUAUUUGUUUGAGGAUGAUUCAGUUACACUGCCUUUUUGUUAAGAUAUGGAAGAGAUCAACAGAUGAGCCACAUGAGGAAACUUCCUAAAUGAAAACAACCUUAAAGCAGUUACACUAAAAUUUAUCACUGCGGUAAACAAAAUGAGUCUAAUGUAUCUAAUAAUCUAAUAAUCUAAUAUAUAUAUAUAUAUAUAUAUAUAUAUAUAUAUAUAUAUAUAUAUAUAUAUAUAUAUAUAUAUAUAUAUAUAUAUAUUAGACUCAGAUUCAAUUUUAUUAUUGUCACGAAGUUACAGCACAAACAUAUAACAUACACACAGACAAAUACCACCGGCAAUAAGCAAUUGCACACCAAUCAUCAUUAAAAUAAUGCUAAAAUAGUAUUAAAAUGCAGGGUCUGGGUCUGCAAUAUAUAAUAUAAUGUAUAUAACUUAACCAUGUUUGUCUAUAAUAAACAUGUAACAUCUUAAAAAUGAAUCUGCAUAGAAAUUCAGAUUGAAGCUGUGUAAAUCUCAGAGUAUACCCACACUUAAUUGAAAGUUAACCUGUGUACCAAAAGUGACUUUGAGGUGUAACUGUGCAAAUUCAGCCUCAUUAUGAAUAAAUGCAGAAUUGUGUGGUUGAAUGUCAGGCUCAGUCAGCUUUUUCAAUAAAGAUACCACUGCCCACUGGCUUCAAAACUCCACCUUAUAAACGUGACUGAGGCUACCAUCUUUCAUACACUCCUUGGUUUUGAAGUACCAGCCUCUCAUAAGGCCUGAUCACCCUGUGCUGGGUUCACAAGACAAGGGGCCACCCACAGGAAAAGUGAAAUAUAAAGAGAUCAGUCUCAGGAUUUGAUUAAUCACCAUCUUGUUGAAUUAAAAAACAUGUUUGAAUAGAAAAAUCUAUUUUUGAACCAGCCCUACAGAGCUCUUCAACUGCUGAACUGAACAGUCGAGUGUGCACAGCCACCAUGGACCUUUCUGUACUGAGAGAGGGAGGGAGGCUGUGAGCCUCAAAUACAGCCUGGAGCAAACAAAAUAAUUCACUCCAUGGAAUUGGCUUGAAAUAAUCAGUUCACGUUUACUGUAGUGAAAGACCAAACAGCCUGUGCAAGAGUGAGGCUCAUUCAUGUGCUUUCUGUAAUUUUCUGCACAACAGUGGACCUGAGCAAAGCUGCGGGGGCCUUUGGUCACUCUUAUUAACUGCUUUUUAGCUGGAUUAAGCCACUGUUUGUUUUAUUCUUCUGAGUUGCAAACAGAGAGAGAAAUAUAGGUCCAUGUCCAGCCUCUAGGUUCUGUAGGCAGUUAGUUCAUGGGUGAAAACCAGCUUGGGGGCCAUGCAGUGCUCAGUCCUGAUGGAGUAUACAGCAGAGCAGCAGUCGCAGCAUUAAACGUGUGACAGCUAGUAACAGCUGUUAAGGUGGAGAGGUGUGGCUGAGAAAAAACCAAAUGAGGUCCUUUUACUAAUGAGGAUCAUCUUGCUCUCCCUCUCCUUCAGCUGCAGCAGCAGUGUUAUCGGUAUGCACCUCAUUCUGCUUCCUCUCAGUUUCACAGCAGCUCCAAGGAUCCUGCCUCAAACAUCGAAAUUCAGCUAAAACGCUGCUCAAAUACCAGUCGUGCAAGCAGUCAAUUUUAGGCUUGUCCCUAAGAAUGGAUCAGAAUAUAUGAAUACUAAAAUGCUUGACUUAAAACAUAUGGAGCGGCUUUAGCUUCAUUGUUGGGGCUAGAUGGGUUGCCCCAUGUGAUCCCUGCUCUCCUAGACUUGGUACAAGUAUGUGCCGAAGCAGAUUUGCAUCGUUUUGUUUCUGUUGAAUUCAUUUGAAUAACAUCACAAUGGCUAUUUAGACAUUUCUAGUGUUGAUGGAAGUUUGCAAAUCAGUCAACAUGGUGAACUGUCCUCAAACGAGCACGAGGUAACACAAGAGCUGAGUGAAUCAGUAAGAAGUACUCUCACCAUGUAAACAGGAACAUGUCUGAAGCCUGUUAAACAGAGCUCAGCCAUGACACACAACAUUUGGUGAGGAAAUAAAUGGAAGUAGGCCACCGACAGCAGGAAAACAUCAUAGCAUGCAUUUAAAUUUCAAGAUGCUGCAGUAAAUCAAGUCAGCAUAUGACAGAGACUGAAGCCUUGACGACAGCUCUUCAAAAAUGUACACUUUCUGCAACGUUGGCAGGUAAUCCUGGGAACUCACACGUUUAAACUCUUUAGUUUUGACUCUUUAGUACUUUAAAAACUGUAACUAAGUGUCACACUUUGACUUUUGAUCCGCACUAAUGAAGAGAUAUGAUGCUGGUUUCAUUUCCAAGAACUGAUACAUGUACUGUUCCACACAAAAGCCUGUCUGGGUUUGCUUUACAUUCACUGGGCUGCUCCGUCAGCCAUGCUAAGUUCAUCUUUCCAGACUGAAAUUAUGCUCUAUUUUCAAAUCAAUUCUCCUUUUGAACAGAUGACGGUGAUUCAUUUAAAAAAGCAGACAUUGAUCCAGAGUCUUUGUUCCAUAAGGGGAGCAGCAGCUUAAAAGUGUUAGAUUCAAGUCUUUACCCAUUUUCCUCUUACUCUGUCGCUGUUGGGACCGAUUGAUGCAGGGAGGUGCUACAGUAUGAUGCAGUAUCGAUUUUUUAGCGUGGCCCUUUUAAAACUCUGUCCUGAUGAUCCGAUGCACUGAUCUUACAGGCUUGCGUCACACUCAGCAGGCUGGAAAAAGACUCUGAAGUUGCCAAAUUUUUUGCACUGUUGUGAAUGAAAUCAACUCCACACCUGGGGUAGAAAGUGACAGAAUACAGAGCACAUAACCCCAGUUUAAUUUUCUCUUUCCAGAUGGACAGGCUCACACUUGAGAUGUGAAUUGUGUUAUGUGAGCCAAGGUGUUUUCCCACCUCGCUGGUGGUGGGGAGAGAUGCUGCACUACGUUGCCAUGACAGCAGAAGUUUUCUUUGUUCUCGGGUUCCUGAUGAGCAGUGCUCAGUGUAAUCCCAUAGUGAACUUACCAGCAAGCCGAGAACGUCUGGAAAAGGUGCUGACCCAGGCCAGGGAAGACAAACAUCAGGAGCAGCAGCAGGCCCCAGAGGAGCAGCUGGGAUACGGAUCUCAGCAGCAGCUGGAGGAAAUCAAUGCCUUAGGCCCCAACAGGACCACAGUGAGCCGCACUAGGCCCAGCCUCAGCACCCAGACACGCAAGUUAAAGGGUGGGAAGCUUCAGGAGCUGUGGAGCGAAUCAGACAGCCUGAACCAAAUAGACGAAGGGCCCACCAGUGACGUCACCCUGUCCCUGGACGCCAUCGACGAGUACGCCUACCCAGACUACAGGGGGAAAGGAUGCAUGGAUGAGAGCGGCUUUGUGUUUGCCAUUGGAGAGCAGUUCACCCCAGGCCCCUCGACAUGCCCUUGCCUCUGCACAGAUGAGGGCCCUAUGUGCACCAAGCCAGAAUGUCCCAAGGUUCACCCUCGCUGCAUUAAAGUGGACACUAGCCAAUGCUGCCCGCAGUGCAAGGAGAAAAAGAACUACUGUGAGUUCCGGGGCAAGAUCUACACCUCUCUGGAGGAGUUUAAGGUGAACCCUUUUAUAGCAUUCACUUACUUUUGACAUGCUCAAAUACAGAAGUGCCAACUAAACACUCCAUGCUGCUCAUGGAGUCUAUCACAGUUACCUUACCUCUCAGCGUGCAAGCAAGCAAGCAGACAGGCAAAUUUAUAAUGGCAAAGGUCAGCAGUUGUCUUUUUUCCUACACAAUGUAUAACUGGAGGGUGAAUUUAGCUGUGCAGCCUCAGCAGAGUGUUUCCAUAUUCAGUCUGUUGAUACACACGAUAGAGUUAGAGUUGUAGUAAUGUAAUAUCUCUGAAGAGCCUGAUGCUGCAUGUAGGUGUUUAUAUGGAGCCGCAGAGAUACCUUCAAUGUUUCAUCUCCUGACUCUUUGAAAGGUUUGACUCAGGAUUGCACCACAAUCCUGGUUUUACUAUUUUUAUAAUUCGCUACAUAAAUCAGUUCCUAAUGCCUCCCUUUAUGCUGCUGAGUGUCUCAGCAUGAGGUUGAGGCUAAUAGGGGAUUUUCUCCCUUAAACUCAGGGAAUUACUGACAGCUCCAUGUCAAGGCUUUGCUGAAGGAAAUCUAUGCCAUUCUUACACAAGCAGCGUACGUCAGCCUUUGUGCUGUAAGGUGUGGAGUGGGGUGCUUUGAAACCAAGCAACAGGCACAUUUUUAUGCUUGAUUGCUAAGUUCUGGGGCAUUGUACUAAGUGCUGCCUCACUCCAUUUUUCAUGGUGGAGUGCUAUGCGGAGGCGCAAGCCUUUGCAAUCUACAGCAAUACUGGUGGAAUUAACCUUUGCUCUCUUGUUAAGACUAAAGGUUUAUGGCGCUGCACAAAUGGCAGCUAAAAGAAGCCUUUCACAGCAAAUGGAGGCCCUUAAUGUAAUUCGACCUACAUCCUAUCAGCUCCUCCAAUUUGUCUGUAUUUUAUUAAUUCAAGAUUUCUCUUCUAGUCAUGUCUAAUGUUUUUGUUCUCACGCCACCAAAUAUUGGAAGCUUUUUUUUUGUUUCCCAUCUGUAUUGAUUUUACCAUAUCCUCUGAUUGGAUUGUUGAGUUCAAUAGUCAGCUCUGCUCUCUGAUGAGGCAUUUAUCUACACUGAAGUUUAAAUAGAUGACUUCCUUAUAGACAUGGCCUGCUGACAUUUAAUUCGUAUAGUCUUAAACAGGCCAGAGAGGCAGGACAGAGGAGGCUGUAUAUAGACACAGCAGUAAACGGAAGGAGAGGAGGACAUGAAAUUAGGAAGCCAGAAAAAUAUGAGAGAGGACUGUGUGUUGUUCAGUGUGUAUGUGAACCUCAGUGUGAAUUGUUGAUAAGAGUGUUAAUAACUCAUUGGUUCCUGUUUUCCAGGUGUCUGCGUGUGAAAAGUGUCGGUGUGAGCCGAGUGGAGAAGUGUUGUGCUCCGUGGCAGCCUGCCCUCAGACCGAGUGUGUGGAUCCAGAGUACGAGCCGGAUCAGUGCUGUCCCAUCUGCAAGAGUGGUGAGUGGAACAACAGCACUUUAUUACAAUAAACCCGUCUCCUCAUGGGGCCUACUGGCUAGCUCCACAAACGCAGACUAGUGUGAAAUUUUUUUUUUUUUUUUUUUGCCCAAGGGCACCUCAGCAGGAGUUAUGAGGGCAACACAGCGCAACUUUUUUUUUUCCACUGACAUAAAGCACGCAGCAUGCUGCACUGCUGAGCCUGGCACUCUCUACAUAUUAGAUGUUGUAUUAGUUCAGAGAUCUAUGUUCUCUUAGGUCUAACUGAAAUGUGGCUGAUCAGUCUGGGUCAUGGGCUGUUUUGUGCAAAACAUGCUGGUGAUGUUUGCAGUCCUGAGAUCAUAUAAUCCAGCACAGGCUCUUGUGCUCUGAUUAGAUUGAUGCAGUUUCAUGGAGAGAUUGGAGCUCUGCUUACAUUUCUCCGACUCUGUGGUUUGAAAGCAUCAGCCCAUCUGAGAAGAAUUCUGGGGCUCACAGUCGAUUAUCUGAAGUUGUUUUGGAUGAUUCCAGACAGCAUGUCCUAGAUUAUGUCCCCUUGUUUUCUUGGUGUGACUCUAAUGCAACAUGGCAAUGUCAGCAACAUUGCUUCCUUCAGCAAAAAGAAUGAUGACUUGUGAUAUGUAUCUUUGACUUACAAUCUUGAAGCGGUGCAGCCUGUCUACUAUAAACAAGAGCAAGUAAUCUGCUCAAAGAGGAAAUCCCUGGGAUGAAGACUAGACGAUAUACAGAGGAUUACAAAGGAAAAUGCUCUCUGCAGAAUUAGCUGCUUAUUAGAAACUCGUGCAGGAAGUCUCACAUUUUAGCUAAACUGUAAUAUUUAAUUCCUCGUAUGCAUUUCCACAUGGUGAACACUACAGUUGACUCUGCAAGUGAGAUGACUGAAAUGACUUUUGCAUUAUCCUCAAAGGAGAAAUGCAAAGUGAGUGUCAAGCGAAAUCCUUGAGCAUCCAAGAUCAACUUCUCAAGACAAUGAACUAUCCGCUUUAUCCAUCCUGAUUACACCACGAUGUCUCAUGGAUCAUUUUAGACUCAUUAGAACAUAAAGACAGGAGCAUUUGCAUGUUAUAAAUGUUCAGUGAUGGUUAUCAAUCAGAAGUUGUCCCGCUCAAAUUAAAAGCUUGUCUCAUAUCCUCCAGAGAUGAUGAGUUGAAAACAUUGGUAGUCACCAGGCGUUACUCAAACUAUUAAUAUUUGCUUACUGUGAUCUUGGGGAAUAAAUGUUGGUCCUUUUGUUCUCUUUUCUGCUGUUCACCCACUUUUUAUGUAUGCACAUAUUGAUCAUGCUGAGAUGGCUUUGUGCAGAGUUUGGGCAGUGCUCCAUGUAUUCCCCUGAGAAAUGCCCAUUUGAUUGGCUGGGUUGCGUUUGCAGGCACAUCAGUGGAGGAGACAGCUGUAGAUACAGUGCAGCAUGCAGAGAUGUUGAAAACGGAAGGGAGCGCGCAUCUGUAUUCAGAAGUCCCACUUAAUCCACGUGCUCAUUCAGCCGACAAGGAUUUUCAGUUUGGAGAUGGCAUCAGCCCCUAUUAGCAUAAGAUUAUCACAUAUUACCAUUCAAUCAACAGAGGAUACUAUGUCUGACACAAACUUACAAAACACAGUUUACCCAAUCCCAGUCUGAAUUAAAGUGCUUACUGUUUUAGUCCUAUGGGAUUAGCAAGUUAAAGAGGCGCAAAACAGCUGACCUGGGACGCAAUCUGACACAGUAAUUUAUUGUGUUCAGGAUUAGCACAGGAGCUCUGAACAUGCAAAUAAUCAGAGCUAAACAUGCUUACAUGUACAUGGUUACUUAAUGCCUGUGUUUAUUCAGACUCAUGGACGUCUCUUUUGUUCAGCAUGUUCUCAACGGAUGAAGAAAGAAAUACAGGAGAUUGAGGUGUUGAAAAUAGAGGAUAAGAAACCUGUAUAAACUGACCUUAUUGUAUGGCUGCACGAUUUUGGCCAAAAAUAAAAUCCCGAUUUUUUUUCUCCAAAAACUUGAUUUUCAAUUUUGAUUUUUUAUUCAAUGACUUCACCAAACUUCACUUAAAGAAUAAAAAGUUUUUCUAUCGUCUCUCAAAAUGAAACAACUGAAAACAAUGUAGUGCAUAUGUCAAGCCAGUGGUGCUGUAAUGCUCCACAGGAAAUGCACAAAAGACAGAAGAAGAACUCAGAGCAUGUGUAUAAAGGUUGUUUUGGCUGGACACGUGCAGGCACCAUAAAAGAAUUACACUGUGUGAAAAAUAAUCGUUUCAAGGGAGAUGCAGAUAGGCAUCCACACGCAGAUGAAAUGGUAGUCACGUGGAUGAAACGCUGGUACGAAGAAAAACUUUUGCGUUUACUUCUAAAUUCGUUUCUGUGUGGAUGGGUUGAUACCAUAGACUGUAUAUACUAUGAACAACUUGGUUCCGCCUCCCGCCAGCAAUUUGAAGCCAAAAAGCUCUCUAUAUUUCUCUUUUCUUCAAUUUUUCUUCUUUCCUCAAAUCAGCAUUGCGCAGUAGCAUUGUACGCAUUUGGCGGGAGAGUCUCUGUGAUGACGCUCUGCUCAAACAGCAGGUGAGCUACGCAAUCCUUGAACGUCAAUAGGCUGCAUCAGGUGUCAAUGAUAGAAAACAUGAACCCCCUAAUAACUUUUAAAAACAGAGCUUCACAGAAAAAAGGGGACUUGAGCACAAACCAGUCUUACUGUAACUACAUGUCAACAUCACAACCAGGGGGGAGAAAAAUUUAUAUUCUGUGUUAUAAAUUUCUAAAGUUUGUCCACAGCUCCAUAAGCUUUGCUGGCAGAGGUGGGAUUUAUGACCUAUACUGCAGCCCGUCAACAGAGGGUGCUGUUCCUGGAGUGGCUUCACCCAGCGAGGAGGCAGACAGCAUCCAUUCUAUAUACAGUCUAUGAUUGAUACUGUCUUCAGACAGACUUUGCAGCGGGAUGUGGUUUGCUCUUCAUCCAAAACGCAAAGCCAUACCAAUUCCACAUCACUGACUUGUUCUUGCCCUAUUUAGUCAUGAAAUUAUCGCUGGGACAAAUGUCUCAUGCAUUUGUCCCAGUCAAGUUGGAUAAUAUCAGUCAGAGAGGGCGGUACUUUUCAAAGAUAAUUCAAAGGAGAUUGUAACUUUGGAGUGUUUGAGAUCUGAUUUCAAAAACUGUUCAAGAAAGGAUGAUGAAUUGAUAAAUGUGUCAUUUCAGCUGGAGACAUUUUUGAAGUAUUUGCUAAAAGACAAGUUAAGUACGGUUCCUCCACUCUUGGUCAGGUCAGGGCCCUACAGUUAGUAAUAAACCUCAGAGAAGCAUGAUACACAGAGUCCACCUUUCUCAGACAUAGAACUUUAGCUGAUGUGCUCAUAUACAACAGGUCUUCAUGAUUUAAAAUAGAUUAAAAAGUUUAAAAGUUUUCAAUCCUGCUGUGCUACAUCCACUACACUUACACCUGUGCUAAAAUAAAAUGCAACCCUUUAAACACUUGUGCUCAGAGGGACAAACAGCAGAGCAGAGUGGUCCCAAUGAAGAGCUGAAUCAGUCUUUACAUUAACCACUCAGUGCAGCAGUCAGUCAGUCAGUCAGGCUGUUUAGGAGCGACAGCAGGUGAGCCAUCUCUGCUGACAGAUAAAAACAUUUUCAGGUUUGUAACAAAGACUUGAUUCCUCAUUUGUCUCCCUCUGCUGGUGUUUUCCACAUACCUGGGAUUAUCAGAGCUCAAACUGUUAAUUAAGCAGAGUGGGUUAUCUCUGUCUCUGCAUGCGUUAAUAACCCCUCUUGUGACAGGGAAUAUUUCUGGCUCUGAUUUGAUGAACGGUGCUGCUGGGGGUGUCACCAUGUAAAAAGGAGCUGUCAACAUCCUCCUCAAUCAGCUAACACCUUUGAUAGAGUCAGACUCUGCUGUCUGGUGGUCACCUUCUGUCUAGUGGAGAAAAUGGAGGUCUGUGACAGAGAAUAAUCCAUCACUAAUACGUCGCUCCCAACUCCGACUGUCACACGCUUUAAUUUGCAUUCGCAGUAUACUUCACACUAGACCUGGCACUAUAAAGUAAACAUGACAUGUAGCAUGCAAAAAGUGAUCUACAUAGGAGGAGACCUUUUAUAAUAAUGGUGAGAAAAAUGACUAACAUGACCAAAAGUAAAUGAGACGUUACUCUCAAGGCACCACUGAUCCCCCUUCAGCUCCUCUCAGUAUCAAGAGGAUUACACAUUGGAUUUCACUUUGUCUUUUAUUCAUGAUGCCUCUUCGCCAGGUAUUACAGAUGCUGUGAUUUAAAUGAUGAGGAUCGAUGAUUGUCGACUCCCAUCUCGCCACUGUUGAUCAUACUGCACUCAAUGCGAAUCAGCAUGGUGGCGGCAGUUUCUCCGUAAUGAAAUAGUGAUGAUGUGGAAUAAGGUUAUUGGAGGUUGUCAGAGAGUUCCUGCUCAGGUGGAGUUGUUUGUCUUAUUUACAGAUGUUGUGUGAAGGUUGGACAGAUGUUAGGACCUCUCAGGAGCUCUGCUGCACCUGCAGUGCCACAUCAAAGCUGGGCUAAUUAAUGGAAGUUAAAUUGAGAAUAUGACAGCCAUGCCACCAAGAAGAAAAACAAACCGUUACAGUGCUGAAAAAAGGGUUUCUCUUUUUGUCACAUAAAAGGAGAGAAAAUAAUUCAUAAAUAAUCUUUGUCUUUGACACUAAUCUAAAACCCCUCUCCCACCAUUUUACCAUUUUUUCAACUAUUGAUAUAAAUCAUUAUGAAGUAGUUCAGUGUUUGAUAGGUUCAUCAAAUAUGCACAGGCAUUAUCUUGGCCUUUCAGGCAUGCAAAAUCAAUGCUUACGGCAGAGCACCCUGUCUCAGAUGUGUUAUUCAGCCUGUAUGCGAGGAGACACUUGGGGAAGAGCCAAGGGAGAAAGAUGAAAGUGAGAGGUAUCGCUAACAUCCACCCCAGACAGUUGUUCAUGAAUAUCAAAGAACAGCUGUGAAUGGAGGCAGGUUCUCAUCAUUUUUUACUCAUUAUCUCAAAGCACUGGAACACAUUGCAAUUAAAUGGUGUCAUACCCUGGAAAAGUUUGUCGCCAUCAUUCACUCGCCAACAGAAAGUUUAAUUAAACAAAAUCGAUUAUUCCUAAGAACACCUACUCAAUACAAGUCAGAGAGGGAAACAUGUAUCUUUAGUCUACUCAUUUCUGCUCCACAUGUUUUCAAUUCUACAGCAUAUUGUUUAAAAGGCACAGAAGUAUUUGUUGUCAUUUUUUUAGCCCAGUGUUUUCUCUUUUGAAGAACGGCAGGAAACAAUUUAUGCAGAAGAAGCUGUCUUGUUGGCACCACCACCAUGUCUCCCUCCCUCUUGUCCUGUGCUCUUACAGGGUAUCGCCUUGGUAACGCAUGAGGAAACAAGUGGUGCUCUUCAAGACUCAGACAUUAGGGUCAACACUAAUCUGGGUGGUAGUGGGGAGGGGCGAUAAACAGUCUGAACCCCAGCCAAAAUCACUUCUGAAAGGGCAGCACGAGACAUGGUAGCCUGUUUGCCAAGAGGUUAGAGACUUAUUUAAAUGAAGACAGGCAUGAUUCAUGAUGGCCUUUCUGAAGAUGUGCUAGGUUUUUUACAUAACAAAGUAUUAAAAACAGGAAGGGGAGGGAGAUGUUGUGGUUUGUCUCUCCGAAGCAGCCCCCAUCUCAUCCUGAUAACACAGACAAGCAAUAAUGUAGCAAACAGAGCAAAUCUCAGCUAAUAAAUGCAUGUUGGCUGGGACCUUCAUGCCUUAGUUACUGUUGCUACACCUGUCGAGCUUGCUGUUAUCAUGGCAUAUACAGUUUAUAAUGGUGUCUACACCUUUAAAUCUGUAGGAUUUUUGAAACAUUAAAUCACUGAUAUUACAUCAAGAGGUGAAAAAAACAGUCCCCUUAUUUUAUGCUCAUGACUGUACUUUCAUUAACCCAUGCUGUGGGCACUAAUGUAUCUCCAUGCAGCUUUUGAACAUCGGAAACGAAUUGUAUAACACUUUCUCUAGUCUUCUGACCACUCAAAGUGCUUAUACAUAAUUGACACAGUCACCCAUUCACACCUCAUUCACACACUGAUGGUGGAGGCAGAUUUGGACUUAUCCCAUUCACAUAGCGAAACCAGUGGCGGUGGGUGGGGCCAAGUGUCUUGCCCAAGGACACUUCUGCAUGUUGACAGCCCUGGGAUUGAACCCCUGACCUUCCUACUGGAAGACAACUGACUGAGCCCCAGCCGACCAUUGACAGUGUGCCGACAACAAGUUCAGUGGUCUUUCUACUCUGAAGAGCAGAGGGUGCAGCAUCCAUAACUUCCAAAGAGAUGUCAAAUCUUGACCCUGGUUCACCUUAAAAAUGGGCUUUCCUGCCUUACUUAUUUAUAGAUUUAUUUAUUAUAUUUGUAUGUAUGUAUUUUUUUUUUUUUAAGUGUUCUUAUUUCUUUAAAAGGGAUCAUGAACAUUAAUCAUUAGACAGUUAAUAAUUGCUGCAUAUUGCUAAUGUUGCUCAUCGGCAGUCUCUUUUAUUGUAAUUUUGUUUACUUAUUACCUUUUUUUUCUAUCUGUCUUUUUAUUUGCACUGCGGGUCCAAGAGGACUGUAAUUUCAUAUAUGCUGUAUGCUGUCGUACAGAAAAAAUAACAAACGUACGGCAUGACUCACAUAUCACUCUUAACCCGUACUGUCAUACGUUUCAUUCACAGUCAUGGUUAGCUUCAUGCCCAAGACACUAUGCCAUCCCCUUUGCAUGAUACAGUUUUAUUCCGUGUUUGCAGCCAAGUGUGUUAGGUUUUUUUUUUAUGUGUGUGUGUGUGAUUUUGAGCUCCUAUGAUAGUUUCUUUCUGAAUAUUUUAAUGAUACGCUGUAAAUUAAAAAAUCUAAAAAAUAUUUGUAAUUGUAUGCUGGGGAAUAUUAUUUAAUAUUAUUGCAUUUUUCUUUGAGGUUUAAUAAAGUUCUUUGUAUCUUAUUCUUCUGAAAUUGUUGCACUACUUGCUCACACAGUCUCUAACCAAGUGAUGAGCCCUCUUCUAUCUUUACUUCUGAGACUCAACCUCUCUGAAGUAGAGCUCCUUCUAUUCCCAGGCAUGUUACUGAUUUGUUAAAAAUAAACCCAAUAAAUUGAGAUGAUCCCCCAGGAUUUUUUUUCUUUUUCCUUUACAUUACUCAUCUUUUUAAUAACAAGUUUUCCCCAUCUUGAAUUUUUUUAAAUGUCUUGCUGGCAUCAAAUCUAAAAAGAGUAAACAUUUUAUGAAUUUUAUUAACUUUUUAUUGUAAUCUGAAUUAAUAACCAUGUAUUUUAUAUUUGUAGCGUAAUGAGGUGAAAAGAUGAUAAUUUAUUUUGACUAUGAAAUAUUUCACUGUCAUACUGUUCUCAUCAAAUCAUAAUUGUGAUCCAAUCCUAUGGCUUUAACAUAAUGAGCCUUGGAUCAAUAUUGUAUCUAGAGCAUUGCUGUAAUAUAAGACAAAGUGAAUACAUUAGUAAAGGUUUAAUGGUGGUAAUCUUCAUAUUUUUAUUCAUCUAUAAAGAGCAGUGAGCGAAAGGGCAGCACAGCUGUACAGCUUCGACUCCCAGCAGUUAUAAGGUUGGGGGAGGGGGCGGCAGGACAGUUAACUCCCUGUGGUUACAUAUUUGGUUUUACAUUUUGGGAGUUUUUUCUUCUUUCACAUCAAUUAUGGCCUUAAGGAGAGCACCAGCCCUGUGGAGGACAAAAGGAGACAGAAUGAAAUAAAACAAUUCAUCUUUAAAUGAAUACUUAAAUUUGCCAUUAAUUAAUUAAAAUGUGAAUUAAAUAAAUAAAUGUGUCACUAAUUCAUUGAAAUAACAGUUCAUUUAAAGUAAAUGUAAAAACAUAUAUAAUUAUGUCACUAUUUAACUAAUAAUUUCAUGGACCUGUGUUGCAGUGCUUCAUGAAUUUAUUUUAUCUGUCAAACUCACCCAUCAAAGUCAGUGGGCAGGACUAAUGCUGAUCUAAUGUGAUCCAUUACUUUGGUCUGAAGCCUGGAGGUCUUUCAAAACAUGGCAGCUACAGAGUAUGUGCUCCAACUUUCUCGGGAGUAGGUUAUUGAUAUUUUAGACCUUGCAGAGUAUGUGGAAGCGGGACCUGCUGACCCAGAGCAUGUAGUGUUUAAAGCAGAGGAAUUAUAUGAAAUUUUUGGAGUGUUUCCCGCUCUCUCUGACCAAGAUAUUGACCUUAGAGAGGCUGCAUCAAUCCAUUAUCUGGAGAGGAUCUGUCUUGACUUGAUGUGCCGGGUAACCAGUCAGGUGUUAGGAUCCGCCCACUGACUUUGAUGGGUGAGCUUGACAGAUAAGACAAAUUUAUGAAGCACUGCAACACAGGUCCAUGAAAUAGUUCAUUUAAGAGGGAAGUAAUUAUAUAUUUUUUAAUCAAAUGAAGUGUUAUUUGAAUAAAUUACUGAGACAUUGAAGUGUUUAUUUUAAAAUGUACUUAUACAUUUCAUUCUGUCCUUUUGUCCUUACCUGCCAUGUGAGCUCUUGUGCUCUGCUUCGGCCUGUUUCUUCCUACAGCAAACAUAUUGCUUAUCAGAAUGAAAUCAUUAACCAUCGGGAGUUGUUUUUUUUUGUUUUUGUUUUUCAUGUUACAUGCUGACUGCUAGUCAUCCUCAAUGAUAAGUCUGUACUGAUUGUAUUUUUUAGAUGACAGCGGUAGAACAGAGAUUUUCCCUGAUGUCAUAUAUCUAUAAAAGGUUGAAGUUAUUUUCUCCUUAUUUUUCAUCCUCUGAUUUAAUUUGUUUCUCACAAAGUUAUAUUUUACUAUCUAAAGGCCAUUUCCAUCACUGGACUCAGAGUUAUGAUUAGACAAGGAAAAAGUCACUAUAAUGGAGGUAAUUGUAGGUCACUUCCAGUCUGAGCAAUUACAGCAGUGCUGGGUCACUAAGUGGUCAGAUUGUUAGAUGUUAUUUUUUGUGUUUUCUUUUAAAAAAAGCUAAGUUAGUCUAAGUCUUUAAUACAUUUUUCAUUAUACUAAAGUGGAGCAUCACUAAACGUCUUGAACAAAAGCUCACAGACUAACAUCAGAACUUUCAUCUGCUCUCUCCCUCUACUGCUGCUGCUGAAGUACUUGCAGGUUUCCCCGGGAAGUCUCUCACCUGGACACUGCUGUGAUUUCUGGCCGGGGUUUGUGGCACUGUGCCGGUGAAGAACAUUUGUAAUGACAGUCCUGCUUCUUGUGAGCAGCUGGGCUGUUUAGCCGGAAAGAUUAUCAGCUGAAACAGUUGCAGGAGAACAACAUAUGCAAAAUAAAAAUGCAUAUGAGGUGGCGCUAUAGAAAUGUAAAUAGCUUCAAAACAAACUGUCUGCAGUUAAAGUGUGAAGCAGCCCAUAUUUUAAAGUCCAAAAGUGUUUCCCACAGCACUCUUUAAGAAAUUAUUCAUGUUGUUGCUAAAUCAUAGUCUCUCUGUGCAAAGUUCUUCACUCCCCGUCUUUUACAAAGCAAGGUCAUUUUUAUUCUGCAUUUAUAAUGCAAAUGUACUCAAGAAAUGCAUUAGGAUGAGUGAUUCCUGCUAUUCCUCCUUUUACCACUAACCUAUAAUGGAGCUAAGCAGGUUUCAGAAUUAAGGGGUGUGAUCAUCUGGAUGCAUCCUCAUUUCCCUGUCCAUUUUCUGCCUCUGCUACAGAGCCAAAAGCCACAGGUGCUAAUGGCUAUCUUUUUCACAUGCUGUCCUUGCCAACUUCAAGCACGCUGUAGUGACAGUUUCAGUCCAACUGUUCAUGCACAUGCACAAUCCAUUUGUCUGAGCCUCUAUGGGUGUCGGUGAAAGCUCUUGGAAAGCCUGAUGUGCCUAUAAAAAUCUCUUACAGCCACAGCGAGUAAGAGGCAGACAAAACCAGAGAGUGAUGGGGAGAUGGGGGUAUGUUAUGUUAAUAAAGCAAUGACAAAAAGGUGGGUGUUAUAUGAAUAGCAGAAUAAUAAGGUGACAGCGAUGAGUAAGCACGUCGGUGCCGAGUCCAUGCAUUAAUUAACACAAAUGAGUGUCACGCUACUGAAAAUGACUGGCUGACAGGUUGUGGUUUAAUCCCAGUUCCUGGGGGAAGUGCUUUCCAUUUAUUUUGUAAAGUGCAUGAUUGUUUUUUGCAUUUUUCUCUCAGAGGAUAUCCUUGACAUAUAUGUCUUCUUUUUGUGUGAGAUGCUAGUGUUCUAAAUGCUGCUAAUGAUGAUGAAUCAGUAGCGACAGCAGCCCGGGCCACAGGAUGAGUUGUUAUUCAGAUAGGGCGUGUGCGUGUUCAUCUGAGGACUUAUAAAUGUGUUAGGGUUGACAUUUUGACAGGCGUCGGCAAACUGUUCACAUUGAUUGAUGUGCCAACACGCUCCUCCUGGAUACCGACAUCCAAUGAAAUGUGCUGGCUACAGCUGAGAGACUCCCCAUUUAUCAGCAUCUUAAUUAUACAGCAGAGUGGCUUAAGACCUUGUUAGUUUAAGGGAAAUGGCCAUUGUUAUGCUAUACCUGAUGUUGUGGAAGCAAUUCCAACAGUGUUUAUAUUUUGCCAUGCAGCUAAAGAGAUAAUGGAUGAUUUAUGAGCCGUUUUUUCGAGCCACUGGUUGAGGACAGGUGCGCUUUCAUUUGACACCCUUCAAAUCAUUUUACCAAAUGGAGGAAGUGGCUGAUACAAAGAGGACAUCUUUUGGUGUUGUAGGCUUGUCGCAGGGACUUUUUGUGCAUAAAUGUGCUGGCUGAGAGAGGGCAGCAGCGCCAGAAUGAGCUGGACCUCGGUGGUAGUGUUCAGCUCCUCACAGGGCUUAGUUUCUGAUAAAUACCUUGAACAUUAAAAUUUCCAUUAGUGAGAUCCAGUUUCCCCCAAAAUAAUAAAAAAUGAACAGUUCCUUAGGGUGCUCCAGAGAAGUCUAUUAAAGCAGUGAGUAACAGUGCUUAAUUUGGUUUUUAUACACAAAUCCCACUGUGUGCAUUACAACCUUGAAGUUACAUUUAGAGGAAGUCAGCUCUCAGCAACAUUUAUGCUCUUCUUGCUGUGUUACCAAUCUGAAGCAGCAUUAAAUACUGUUAUUAUUCACGGAAAAGAAGAUAAUUAAGGGUGCAACUUGUACAUGUCUGAGACAAUGGAUUAGGAUGUUAUUCAGCUGCUCAAGAAUAGAAAGCAAUCACCGGGAUCCCAGAAUACACCUCUGUCCUGAUGGGAAAUGACGAGAAGUUCUUCUCUGCAUCAACCAUGAGUGGUCACUUAGUAGUCUGAAUAGCAUGGAAAUGACGGCCAGUAGAAAAAUACCUUCAGAUCAGAUACAGAGCCAUUUGAUAAUUCAAAGCAGAUGAGAGGAAAUGUCAGGAGUUACCAUUCCCACCUUCGAAGGGCCCCCAGUCUUCAUAAUCAUGCUGAUAAAUCCUUCAGUCUGACAGAGACACUCACCAACAUCAGCAGAAACAGAGCGUCCCCUCUGUGCACAGUCUUUCCACACAGUUUUAUGAAACAAUGAAGAAAAGUCCAAAUAUUCAAACUCAUACUCUACUCAGAGAAAAGAAAUGAAGGCCAGCACUUUUGGUCUCUGGUGAUCCCUCUGGUCUCAGACUAACUACAUCAAAGUUUACUUGGAUGUCAUAGAGUGAUCUUAAAGAAACAACUGAAGAUGACUAACUGCAGCAAACUCCAGGAGGAAAUCUGGUAACUGCAACAGAUAUGGUGUCUAAAAGUAGACAAGAAAACAAUAUCUGAAGUCCUGUCCUACUUUCAAACUUGUGUCCCACUGGCCUUCAUCAUACAUUGUAUUCGCACAUGGAGGAUUUUCUUUCAUUAGUCUCUCAGACGAGGUGUAAUGUGCUGUGGCAGGUUUAUUCUGUUCCUUUAUUCUCAUAUAUACUUACUAUUUAUGUUCUUUUGUCCAAGUUAAUAUCGAUGUGAUAAAGCAUUGACCUACUUCAGCUUCAGUCUGCUGUUAUCCUUUAAAAUCACAAAAAAUAAAUGAAAUUCAAUGUACACUUUUUUUCAGAGAGGCUCUUACAUCACCAGGAGUAGUACUAGAUAUCCAACCAAGAAUAGCACUAACUCUUUUUCAUGAGACCAUGGAGAGAAAUCAAAUGAUUAUAAAGGCUUUGUGCUCUGUUUCAUUGCAAUAAACAAGCUCAUGAUAAAAGAUUUAAAGCAUCAGGUUUGGAAGUAAUCUACAGAGAAACAACUCUGUGGGGACAGACGGAGCUGAGUAGCUUUUUGGUAUAUUCUUUUUGUUUUUUGCCGUUUUUGCCUUUAUUUACAGAGUAGCGACAGGAAAGGAAAGGAGCUGUGCGAUUGACGUGAACCCAUGCUGGCCACUUUGGGCAGACUCUUUACAUUUGAGUCUGGAGAGCUUUCAUCAAAAGAAUUCAUUACUUGCAUGAAUUAUUUUUAUGUGGCAGUAGGCUAUGCUCUGGGAGCUCCCUGCUCUUUCACGCGCUUUUGUGGUAUACAAAAGCCUGUAGUGGGGAGAGCACACCUUCCCUCUGUUUCAUGGGCAGGGAGAGCAACAGCGAAAAAGAACAGGACACAUGACACUAGUAAGAUUAGACAUGGCAGAAACUGAGGAGCUGGGGUGGCAAGCCAGAAGCAAGAGAAGAAGGCAGGUGAAAUUUUGGCCAUUCAGACAUUUGGGUAUCAGCUGAGCUGUCCUGUCUGAACUACUGCUAUACUAAGUGUAUGCGGCGAGCAGAGACUGCAAGCCAUCAGGGUUUAAUGAGUGCUAUCAAGCUAACUGAAUUAUUGAAAAUCUAUGAUGUGGCUGUCUAGUUUUUUUUCUAACAUUUGAAAAAGAGCAUGUGUGAAAGUUCUUAUAGGUCCUGGAUUUUUGAACAGGUGGAAAACCAAAAGUUUGUGAUAAAGCUCUUUGAUUCAGGAUAAACAAAUGAAUUCAGACACAACCAGUUUGAACUGUAUUAGUAAAGAUUAUGAUAAUAAAUGUGCAGAAAGUGAUCUUCUUCUCAUGACAGAUGAGACAAUGGUCAUUAACUACAACAAGUUCACCACAGGUACAAAUACUCACAGCCUCCGUUCAUCCUUCGACAGUUUUUAUUAUGUAGUAUUUUGAUGAAUUUAUUUAUUUAAUUAUUUAGGAUCCCUGAGCUUCCUCUGGUCCACACAGAGUGAGACAAGAAGAGAGCAUCAAAAACUAGAAAAUUCCCCCUGGGCAAUUUUGAAAGGGUUCGUGUACAUUAAGAUGAAAUUUUUUAGAGAUUUCUAAUAUUAAAAGUAGUGCUGUCAAAUGAUUAAACUUUUUAAUCAGAUAAAUCAAAGGGUUACUGUGGAUUAAUUUUGAUAAAUCACAAAUAAACAUCAUUCAUUUGUAAUAUUUAUUAAUCGUGUUUCACUUAAAAGAGCAAAGAGAUUCAAGAAAGCCAGAGUGCUAGCACAGUCCCUGACUAAUGUAUGCUUCAUGUUAAUGUUGUCAUGAAAUGCUCUGUUAAUUUAGUUUUUCACUGGUUUUGUUAUCUGAGUGUAUUUUCUGUGUGUUUUCCCCAGUAAUUCUGUUCCCUAUUGUUCCUGUUCCCGUCCAGUCUUGUGAGUUUUCAGUUUGUGUUUAACCCUGUUUCCCUCCUGUUCUCUGUUUUAAUCCUUUCAAUCAGUUUUCAGUGUUACCUGUUUAAUUUUGUAGUAGUUUAUUCCUUGUGUUUCUAGUCUGGUUUUACUUCCUUAGUUUUCCCUCCUUCGUUAAUCACCCAUGAGUUUCACCUGUAUCUCGUUACCCAGUGUGUAGUCUCUGUCUUCCCCUCUGUCCUGGUUGGUUCAUUGUGUAUGUUGAUUUGUGUGUGUGUGUGUGUGUGUGUGUGUGUGUGUGUGUGUCCUGGUUCGCUCCAUGUGACUUUGCCCCAGUGAUUUUUGUGGAUUUUGUCUUUUGGAUUUUUCUCUUUUUGUUGCUUUUUUCAGUUAAUGCUUUUAAUUGCAUCCUUUGUUCUGCAUUUGGGUCUUGAUCUUUGUUGAACCCUACGUGGCUCAUGACAAAUCAGGAAUUUUAAGCCGGAAAUCCAUCGGUGAAAAGAAAACUCCUUCCUGCAGAGUGUAAAUAAGAAUUUACGUCAGCUGACUGUUCCAUCAUGGAUUUUGUACUCAAAUUUCCCAUGGAGAGGGCCAGCGUGCUGUUUAGCAUCUUGCCUAUCAAGUUGUUUGGAGCCUGUCACUACUGGAUCAACAGCCCAUUUAUGUCUGUGUGGCUGGAACAAACUGGCUGAAAUGCAUUUCCAGACACUUUUCAGGGAUUUAGAGUCAUUCUGUGCUGCAGAUGGGUUAAUUAUGUUAAAAUUUUGUCAGAUUAAUCAUGAUGAUGAAUUCAUCUGUAUUAACCUGUUAAUUCUGACAGCCCUAAUAAAUACUAGGAGCAUAAUCAUAUAAUAAAAAAACAUUGUGACUUUUGUUAAACGAGCACACCUACAACAUUCUUUUGUCAAGAAUUUUUUAUACAAAAAAGAAAAUGGUGAAAAGUGGUGUAGGUUCAUGUGACGGUAGAAUUAAGCGGGAGGACCUCUGUGGAACAAUUUAUAAGAUGGUGCAAAUCAUUGGAAAUAUAAAGACAGUGUCAGUGACAAAGCUACAACCAGCUACUUGACAAGACACUGAUUUAAUAUUUCAUUGUUGCUGGUUUUGCUGCUUCUAGGUCCAAACUUGAAUUUAUCACAGUUUCGUUAGAGAUAAUAUAUAAUGUUUAAAAUCGUUUCGAUCAACUCUUUGUUAUAAAAGAUGCAAAUCAGAGCCCAGUGAACUGAAUCUCUGUCCAGUGUAAUUAUGACUGCAGUUUCACCAAAAGUGUAAUUAUAGUCUUUUUUCAUGAUGGUCCCACCCGGACAUGUUUAUUGCACUUUUAUUCGAGGUCAGAGAUGGAAAAUUAAACCCAUAGUGGCUGCAGAAAGAGUGUUUCAUCUCUUGAUUUUGCAUAAAGAUCAUUCCUCCUUUAUCUGUGUGUAAUAGCUUUUCAUACCUUACUAGAUCAGUAGGGAUGGCAGGAUGGCAGCAUUGCAUUGUGGGAAAGCCAGGGCUAAAUUUUUAAUCUAAGAUAUUACACAAAUAUCUUAGAGAUAUAAAUAUGAGAGUGAAAUUCUACAAAUUUAGACACUUGGUGUAACCUUAUUAUUCAUUUUUUAUUGGCUGAAGAAAUGAGUUUAAAAGGAGAAAAUGUAAAGUAAUAAAUGAAAUGUGAUAUGAACGCAAAUGUUUUUAAGUUUUUUUCAACUGAAACUAAAAUAUAAAGGACCAAAAAAGACUCAAAGGUAGAGGUAAGGAGUUUUUGAGUUAAAGAUACAUGUACAUCAGGUAAGAUCAUUUUUUGUUCAAUUCUGCCUGAUAAAAGGAACAACAUUUUCUCUUUUCCAUAUUCAAGAGUUUCCGGGUUGUUGUACCUCCCCGUAUAUCACUGGCAUCAAGGGUGUCUGUGAUUGCGGGGGGGUUUCAGACUGAAUGUGAUCCUGCCACAAAAGAAUGUGACUUUCUGUUGCGUGUUCAGUCCUCUGACUGUGUUUUACACAUUGAAUGGGGUGUCCUUGGUGGGCCUUGCAGCAGAAAAAUAACACAGAUGAGUGUGACCUCAACGCCACAGUUAUUCUUUUCUGUUUGACUCCAUCAUCACCAGAAGAAGGACUUUUUCUCCUCUCUGUCUGUAUCUAUUCAUCAAAUCUGGUUUUCCACAGUGAAAAUGAUCAUCAAACUUUUGUUUGCUUUUGUCCACUGAGCUUAACAGUCUACAGCUAAAUGGUGAUUAAUUAAUGUAUUUGUUUAUUUAUUUUUAAGUUGAGUUGUAUGAGGUCCUAGUCUGUUAUCUGUAAUAAUAGGUUUGCUCACCCUGAGUAAUACUGGUCAGCUCCGUCACUUGAAUGAAAAGCUGGUCUGGGAACCAGUACAGGAGGUGGACUAUGAACCCCUGCAGCUCUUCUACAUGAUUUUGUUCAUUUUUAGAAACUCCAGACAGACAUUCAUGUCCAUGUAUGUAUGUAUGUGCUUUGUUUAGAAAUCUGUCUAUCCUUUACCUUGUUGUGAGGGAGCCCUUUUGUUUUUGCUCCAUUCUCAGAUGAGGCAUAAACAUGAUCCUCUGCCUGCAGCACACUGACCUGCUAGUUGUGUUUUUAAUACACAAGUCAACUUGACUUUUGCCCAGUGCUCAAGUAUAUCAUGAAUUUAUUCACUCUACACCAAAUGCAGCUCAUCAUCAUGCAGACACAGGAAUGGCUGUAGAGUUGAUUUCAGCUCUGUCUUCCUCUAAAACACCUGAUAAGGUAAACACCAUGUGGACCGUGGGUCCUCUCAGUAUGCAAUUAAAAACUCUGAGAGCUUUUCUGAGGUCUAAAGAGAGUCUGUAAAACACUGUUGCAUUCAGUGCUACAGCAGGAGGAGACUGAAACUGUUGUUCCUCAUGGUUGACAGCAGGAAUGUUCUAUCUUCAUAGGCUCACAGUUUACACACCUAAAGACUAGUUCAUGCAGAUUACUAAGGAUCUCUCCUGUGUCCCUCUUAGUUUUUCUCCCCACUCCUUUGUACCAAGAGACUCGUUUUUCCUCCACAUAAAGAUGUCACUCAUAAAGAUGUCUUCUUGAAUAUCUACAGUAAAUGACAUGUCUGUGUUGUUGUCAGAAUUGGUCCUUUUUAACUGUGGAUGUAUUUGUGUAUCCUCUAAAACCUGCAGACCCAAACAGCUGAUCACUGUGCUGCAGGCAGGAGAACACAUAUGUGCUGUGUCUAAGAAAAGUGCACAAACAAACAGCUUGUCUGACAGCCAAGUUAAGUGCUGAAAAACCUCCAAAUAGAGCAACAGUGGGUUUGGCUAAAUGAGUUGAAUUAUGGAGUAGGGUUGGCCCUGUUUGCAGUGGUUUAUAACAUAGCUUCUGUUUCAGCUGAGCUGACCAGGAUCCGCUGUGACUGAUACACUUACAGAUGACAAGUAACAGGCUCACUGAAAAGGCAAACUACUCCUUUAACUCACAGGAACAGAGCAAAUCAUCAUUUUACAGGUUCAGUCCUCAAUUUUGUAACAUGGAGCUGCUGACUGCAAAAAGAAGCGACACAAAGAUGUAGACAGCCAAUCUGAGGAGCCUUUGGAAAUGUAUAAAAGCACUAAAGAUUUUCUGUUUCUGUUUUUUUCACCUGCAGGACCCAACUGCUACGCAGACACGGCAGUGAUACCGGCCGGCCGAGAGGUGAAGAUUGAUGAGUGCACAAUCUGCUACUGCACAUAUGAGGAGGGCACAUGGCAAAUUGAGCGUCAGGCCACCUGCAGUAAGAACGAGUGCCAGCAGAGCUAGAGACUGGCAGGGUGAGAGGGGACAUUGGCACACAACACCAGCGCCAAUCUGCAUGUAAACUCUCUGGCCUUUCAGCCACUCCACCGGACAUCAGGGUUGACAGCAGCCCCUGAGCAUUUUAGCGUUUCUAGUCACUCCUGUAUAAUGGAAGAAAAAAAAAACUGAAAAAACAAACUAAACCUGAAGCUUUUUUGAGAGUUUGUAAUCCACACACAGAAUAUCUAUUUAUCUAUGUAUUGAUUUAUUUAUGAACAUAUAUAAAUAUAGAAGUCAUUAAUGCUGAACUAGUGAAAAGGUAUUUUUUAUAACCUCUGUAUUUUAAUAACUAAUGUAUUGUUGGACCAGAGGUCAUAACCAGAAUGUAUAUAAACACACACAGCUGUCUUUGGCGGUCAGUGCCUCCAUGUCUCCAAUGGGGUGUCAUCUGCCAAAUCAUGACACCUGUCCCUCUUACACCAAAGUGCAGACUAGACCGUGAGUGAUCCAUUGAGGCAUUAUGGGUAAGACUUGGCUGUGUGAGAAGAUACUGAGGAAAAUGAAGUAACUUUCACAAGACUUGACUGUUUUCUGAUCUCUUUGAUUCUUUGGUUGUUGAGAUGUGUUUUUAUUUAGAGUGCUUUUUUUGUAUUUCUCUUGUCCCACCGUAUGUUUACGUUUCAAAUCAAUAAACAAAUAAAUAGAUCCAUGAAAAAUAAAUACAUAUUGGUCAGCUUUA